ACCUCGUUCACGCUCAUUCACGGCCAUUCAUAACCGUUCAGCCUUUGUAACACUCGCGAGUUCACAGUAGCGCACGCCGCAUGAAGCACGUGUGAAAGUGUAAACCUAUUCUGUAUAAACCUGUUUAAUUUAAAUUAUGUCUAGAUUGCAAACAAUAUCGGACUCUCGCAUAUCAAAAAUGAAACCUAAAAUAAAUAUCCAUUUAAAUGGUUACGGAAGUAAAGAAGGUGAUAUAAACUACAACCCUUAUGAAGAUGACUAUUCUUCAUCUCCUUCAGAUGAUAGUGAUUAUGAUGAAUAUGAUGAACAUGAUUGGGAGUAUGAUGAAGAUACAGGACAAAAGUGUUCAGUGCAACCGAAUAAACAAUCAUCUAGUAAUGCUAACAAUAAGCCACAUUUGAAGAAUUUUGCAAGUAGAGUUAUAGUUGAAGAAUAUAAUGGACCACAGUUAAAAUCAAAUGUGACUAAUUUGUUGAGUGAAAAAGCAAGAACAAUUGAUAAUGACAGAAAUCGUAUUAAAGAUAAAAGUGAUCGUGCCACAUCAGAACAAGUUUUGGAUGAUAGAGUUAGAACUAUAUUAUACAAAAUGAUCUCUACACAUGUAAUAUCUAAGAUCAAUGGUUGUGUAUCUACUGGAAAAGAAGCCAAUGUUUAUCAUGCAUUAUCUCCAGAGAAAGUUGAAUAUGCUGUUAAAAUCUAUAAAACAUCAAUUUUAAUAUUUAAAGAUAGAUCACAGUAUGUUGUUGGUGAACGUCGUUAUAGACAUGGUUACUGUAAAAGUAAUCCAAGAAAAAUGGUUGCUCUUUGGGCAGAGAAAGAGAUGAGAAAUUUAAAUCGUUUAGUAAAAGCAGGUAUUUGUGCUCCCACACCCAUAAAAAUUAAAGGUACUGUGUUAGUAAUGACAUUUUUUGGUAAAAAUGGUUGCGCCUCACCUAAAUUGAAAGAUGCUAUUCUUGAAGCUUCAAAGCCCAGAGAACUUUAUAGGGAAUGCAUUGUUAUAAUGUGGAAAAUGUACAACCAAUGCAAACUGGUUCAUGCAGAUUUGAGUGAAUACAAUAUUUUGUAUCAUAAAGGAUCAUUAGUUAUAAUUGAUGUUUCUCAAUCAGUAGAGCAAGAUCAUCCAAAGGCACUUGAAUUUUUAAGAAAAGAUUGUACCAAUAUCACAGAUUUCUUCAAGAAAAACCAAGUUGCUGUGAUGUCAAUAAAAUCAUUGUUUGAGUUUAUUGUUGAUCCAAAUAUCACAGAGAAAAAUAUGGAUGAAUAUUUAGAUGAAAUGUCAGCACAAAUAGACUGCAAUACUGAUACUACUAGUGAUCCUGAACAACAAAUUGAAGAUGAGGUGUUCAAGAAUGUUUAUAUUCCACAGAGAUUAGAUGAGGUAAUUGAUAUAGAGCGAGACAUAAAAAUUGCAAAAGCUGGAAAAGGAGACUUGGUUUAUGAAACAUUAGUUGGUUUAAAAUCUGAUUUAUCAGCACCAGCUUCAGUACCAAAACUUUUAGAAAAAAAAUAUCAAAAAACAUAUCAAACGUCAGAUAGUUCUGACUACAAUGACUCAGAUGACACAAAAUCUGAAGAUGAUGAAGAAGAUGAAAGAAAAUCAAAAUUUGUUAAUUCUGCUAGACCUAAAAAUGAGACUACGGAAGAAAAGAAAGCUAGAAAGAAAGAAAUUAAAGCAGAAAAAGCUGAAGUAAGAAAGACAAAACUCAAAAAGCACAUAAAAAAACGUCAUUUAAAGCAAGGCAAAGAUAAGUAAUAUGCAAAGCAUAUUGAAGUAAUUUAUUUGUUACAUAUUGUACAUUAUUAUU